AUAAUGUGGGUUGAGUUUCACAUUUUGUAUCCGCAUAGCGAAUGAGCGCCAUUUUUCUGUAAUUUGCAGAUAUAAUAUUAGGUUCGUCACGUGUAGAUACGCGAAAUGAUGUUUCAAAUUGGCGUCAAGUGUUUUAUUUCAAUUUCAAAUUCGUAAAAACAAAAGAAAUUAUAAAUAAAGUGAUUUUUAUAGAAAUAGCGACCUCAAAUUCAAAUACUGCGCUAAAGAAAAUAGCGCAAAGUGUUCCGCAGUAAUACCCCGCGUUUGCAGCGAUCAAUGUGGAAAUUCAUACGAGUUUGUGAGCUGGCGUCCUCUCGGAAGGCGGUAAUACAAUUUCAGACCAUCAGCUGAACGAUCACAAUGUAACACGCAUGUUCGUUCGAUGAAAUCUUGGUAGGUCGGCUCGCGCAAUAUAGUGAUAUAAUGACAAGAAAGCGGUGGGCUGGUGGAGUGUCUGCGGGUGUAUGACAUAACGGGCGUCCCCUAUACAUAGUGAAACUCCACUAAUGGGAGAGUUUAGUUUAAGUGGUAGUACUAACAUUGGUUUAAGUGCAGUAGACAUUGGAGUGACCAGCAGCAAAAGUAAUCCUUCUCAAAUAUUCUACACCACACCUACGUCCACGAGCGAUAAGACUGUCCUACAGGGACAGUCUCAUACAGCUAUGCAAGAUGUACUCGUUGACAAAACGGCUGUCAGCGGAACAAAUAACGACGACGUGAUUAGUGCGGUUAACGACAAAUCUCAAGAAUCGGAUAGUAACUCAAAUGUAGCGUCAGACUUGGCCGAUAAACUAAACGAACAGGUGGCCCACAGUAACAAGACAAGUUCAGGGGUGCCUCUUUUUCAUCCCAGUGAGUCUAACACCCCAUCUGGUGCUUUAUGGUCGACAGCUAUCGAAGACGGUUUUGUUCCUAACAUAACCAGUGUCAAUGGUGGUCUAGGAUUUCAAAAUUUUCCAUCACCCACACAAUCUCAGCUAUUUAACAACAGUGUAAGUCAAAAUCAAGGGCGAAGAGCAAUUACAGCUAGCCACAAUUUCCCUCAUAACAUGGGACGUCAACAACCCAGUCACCCGCUUUAUAAAGCAGGAUAUGGGUCGUGGGCUAACCCUGGCCAAAAUUGGUCGGCAAGUUCGUCUGUUUGGAAUAGAGGCAGAAGUGUUCCAAAUCUUACACCUUUGCAACAAAUGGGUGUCGCUGGUCGAAAACCAAGUCCAACAUUUAAUCAUCAACAAGUCAUUUCGCCCGUAAAAUUUCGUAGGAGUACUUCGUAUCCAGGUAAAGGACCUUUUCCGCAACCACCUACGUUCGAAAUAACCAAUAUGGAUGAGGUUCGAGAACUUCUACCCUAUCAGGAUCGAUGUGGAGUUGUGAGCGCCAACGGCAGCAGUCCUUUGGAAACAAUGAGGGGCUUAGAACAUUAUCUAAACGAUAUUAUGCGUCCUCCGGAUACUGGGGAUGUUAAAGGUCAGUAA